AUGGGUCAGAUCCAAUACUCCGAGAAGUACUUCGAUGAUAUUUACGAGUACAGGCAUGUGGUUCUUCCUCAGGAAGUGGCUAAACUGCUCCCAAAAAAUCGACUUCUCUCUGAAAAUGAAUGGCGUGCCAUUGGAGUUCAGCAGAGCCGUGGCUGGGUUCACUAUGCAAUUCAUCGCCCGGAGCCCCACAUCAUGCUCUUCAGGAGGCCACUGAACUAUCAGCAACAGCAGGAGAACCAAGCCCAGCAGGUGCUUGCAAAGUGA